UGUAUCACACAGGAAUAUCUCAGGAAGAAGAAUCCAGCUGCUUCUGGGCUUACCUACAACAAGCACUGUGGAAGAAAAUUCACCAGCUGGUGUUUCUGUUUAUACCUUUAAUGUGACUGUUUCCCCACUGUCCUCUGAAGGUGUUGCAAUACAUCCUACCAUAAUAAAUUCAAAUCCACUUACAAAAGCCUUUGAUAUUAUACCCGUAGGAGGCCUUGCAUACAGGGUUGUUACCACUGGAAACCCUGUCCUAGAUUAUGAAACUAUGCCGAAGAGUUUUGAUUUACAGAUUUUUGUGGAAGAUACAAGUGGGAGAACUGACCUUAACACACUGGCUGUCCAAGUACAAGAUAAAAACGAACCUCCUGUAUUUCAGGGAAAUAUGGCAAUUCAAACUGUAGAGAUCUACAUCUUGGAAGGAAGCAGAACACCACCUGGAUUUAUUUACCAAGUUGAAGCAGCUGAUCCCGAAGAUGCUCAACUCCAGUAUUCACUGGCCCCUGCAUCAGUGCCCUUCUCAGUCUUCGAAAGUGGAGCCAUUUUUUCUGAAAGAGAAUUUGAUUAUGAGAAAGAUCCACAUAGUUACUUUUUAAACAUAACCGUGACAGAUCCGGAGGGACUCCGCUCUACUAAAACAGUGAAUAUAAAUAUCAUUAACACCAAUGAUGAAAGACCUUACUUUAUCACAAAACAAAGAAUCUACAAGAUCCCGGAGGAGCAAAGCCCAGGCACUGUUGUUGCCAAUAUAACAGCUAAAGACCCUGAUGAUGAAGAAGAGUUUCCCAGCAGACUUUUUUACAGUAUCCAGUCUUCUGAAGAGUACUUCUCCAUAAAUCCAUCGAGCGGUGUGGUGCAGGUGGCCAGGAGAAUCAACCGAGAAGCCCUGACACUUCACCCCAAUAUCUCGGUGAUCGUGCGUGUGGAGGACAGCCCCAGCGGAGGUCAGGCCAGCGAAAUGGAAAUCACGAUCGUUAUCGAAGACAUCAACGACAACCUGCCCGAAUGCAAACCUUCUACCUUCAGGGAAGAAAUAAAUGAAAAUACUACUGCUGGGACACUUCUUCUGGAUCUCAGAAAUUUCUGUAAAGAUUCAGAUGUAGAUCCACCCAACAAUCUAAUUAAUUUCACUGGACUGUCUGGUUUGGGAAGCAAUAAAUUCGCUCUGGAUUCCAUGUCUGGGAGACUUGUGAUGACGGAAAGUAUUGAUUUAGAAAACCCAACUAAUCUAGGAGCUGAAGUGUUUUCUUUGACUGUCAGGGUACAAGAUAUUGCCUGGCCUAACUACUCAAAUAUCAUCUACAUUUACAUCAGGAUAAGGCCAGUGAAUGAAUAUUUUCCAGUCUUUGGUAGUUUACUGUAUGAAUUUAAUGUUUCAGAAAUUACUAAAGCUGGAUCCAGCAUUGGAAAAGUGAAUGCCAAAGACAAAGACUGGCCACCCAGUGUCAUCACUUAUUCCAUUGUAGCUGGAGGGGGCACCAAGGAUUACACAAAUAUAUUCUGGAUCAAUCCAACUGAAGGAGAUGUGAAGAUCUUAGCUAGAUUAGACUAUGAAACCACUCAAAGAUUCCUUCUCACAGUACAGGCCUCAGACCAAGAGAAAACUGCAACAGUAUCUGUAACUGUCAAUGUUUUGGAAGUAAAUGAUGAAGAACCAGUUUGCUCACCCAAUUUCUACUCAUUUCAAAUCCCAGUUAGCUUGGCUGUUGGGACUAAUAUUAAUGGAUUCAGGAUUGUAUGUCAAGAUCGCGAUUCUGAUCCCAGGUCUUUCCGAUACUUCAUUAAUGAAGGCAACGUGAACAAUCAUUUCACCUUUUCACCGAGUGCUGGUUCCAACACGUCGCGGUUGAUUCUUGCAUCUAGGUUUGACUAUGACAGUGGUUUCGAUACCCACUGGAUUUACAGACUGCGUGUCUAUAUAACAGAUGACAAUUUGCUGUCUGCCAGGGACAAAACUACAGACUUGAUUAAAACUGGUACAGUUACUCUGAGCAUCAGAGUUAUCCCAAACCCAACUACUGUUAUUACCACUACACCCGGCUUUACUCUUGUGACGCGAAGGGAAAACCUCUAUUCGGAGUCGGCGUGGUACGUGCCGUUCGUCGUCACCCUCGGCAGCCUGCUGCUCCUCGGGCUCCUGGGGUACGCGGUGCUGCUGCUGGCGAGGAGCCUCCGCGCUCGCUGCCCUCCCGCACGGAAAGCCGGCGACGCUCCGCUGUGA